AGAAGGAAGGAUGCGAGCAUAGUGAGAGAAGACAUAAGGAAAAGAAGCACUGGAAGAGAAAGGAGGAACUAAUGAAAAAGUACUGAUAUGUGAGCUGAAAGGGGAACUGGAGGAUAGAAGCGAAGGAGGAUGGUACGGAGGGACGCAGCACUUGAAACGAAAAGGAAGGGCGACAAUUAAUUCAUUUUCAUGCAUCCCAUCUGCCUCCACGCGGGAUUACAGCACCACGAAAGGGUCGUUACCUAACUCACCCUCACUACAGCAUCCCCACAGCACAUCAUCAGCGCGGCGCGGCUCAGACUCUUCCUACUUGUGAAGCGCACCACCCGGCACAAACACCCAGCAGGGCAUCGCUGCCACCGAGUCCGCAGACGGGCACCCGUAAAGAAGCGCUUGUGGCGUUAAAGCGGACGAGGACCAUGGAGGGCGCCGCUAAUAGCUCAGACCUCCAAAGCCAGCUCCCUUUUAUCAACCAGAACAACAGCUUCUGUCGGAACCUCACCGACAACACCAGCUUCUCAGAGAGGCGAUGCGGCGACGGCGGACUGACCAGCAGAGUGGACGAAGACGCCAACCCGGUCAUCAUUGCGAUCAUUAUCACCGCUCUUUACUCCAUAGUUUGUAUGGUGGGGCUAGUGGGAAACGUGCUGAUUAUGUACAUAAUUGUAAGGUACACUAAAAUGAAGACAGCCACCAACAUCUACAUCUUUAACCUGGCUCUGGCAGACACCUUGGUCACCAGCACGCUUCCCUUCCAGAGCGUCAACUACUUGAUGGGCACCUGGCCGUUUGGGGACAUACUGUGUAAAAUGGUGAUGUCCAUAGACUACUACAACAUGUUCACCUCCAUUUUCACUCUCACCACCAUGAGCAUUGACCGCUACAUCGCCGUGUGCCACCCUGUCAAAGCGUUGGACUUCAGGACACCACGAAACGCUAAGAUUGUCAACGUCUGCAACUGGAUUCUCUCCUCCGCCAUUGGGUUGCCUGUGAUGUUCAUGGCCUCUUCGGCCGUCACCCCCUCCGAAAUUAUUGACUGUAAGCUGAUUUUCCCCCACCCCUCCUGGUACUGGGACACCCUGAUGAAGAUCUGCGUGUUCAUCUUUGCCUUCAUCAUGCCUGUCCUCAUCAUCACUGUCUGCUAUGGCCUCAUGAUCCUGCGACUCAAGAGUGUGCGAAUGCUGUCGGGCUCCCAGGAGAAGGACAGGAAUCUUCGGAGAAUCACCCGCAUGGUUCUGGUUGUGGUUGCUGUAUUCAUCAUCUGCUGGACCCCAAUCCACGUCUUUGUCAUUAUCACAGCUCUGAUCAACAUUCCUAGCUCCACCCUGCAGACCAUCACCUGGCACUUCUGCAUUGCCCUGGGCUACACCAACAGUAGCCUGAACCCGGUUCUUUACGGCUACCUGGAUGAGAACUUUAAGCGUUGCUUCCGUGAGUUCUGCACACCGAGUCCUUCAGUGUUGGAGUUACAGAACUCAUCCAGAACCGGAGCCACCAGCCGCAAGGUCCCAAAGCGUGAACACAACAGUGCAAACACGGGCGAGAGGUCCAAUCAACAGGUAUGACUAGCCUUGGAGGGGUCGUCGGUGGACUCUCGCUGUUGUGGAGGAUCUGCCAACGACGAUCUCAACUCUGAAGUCACACAAGUCACCACAGGGCUUUAAUUAGUGGUUGAAAACGGAAGAGAAAAAGAUUACCAUUUCCGCUCCCAACUGUCUUCUGUAGCUCUGCUCAGAGUCAGGUUAUAAAUCUGCAAAUCCAUGCUUGAAUUAAUUCUAAACAAAUUACCUGUAUUUAAAGGAUAAGACUCACGGCAAAAAAUCAAGAAUCAUUAAAGUAACUCACCCUCCUAAUUUAAAAAGGAUUAUAUGUUCUAUAGACAGAAAUAUUUUCCGGUAACAAGGUAGAUGGGUUGAUUGAUCUAUAAAACCUAUUUUACAGCCUGUUAAUGUGGUUCUUUCUGCCUUAUUAAUCUUAGCCUCCAGUCAAAGCCCUCAGCUUAUCUCUGAUGCUUUAUGAUGAGCUAACAAAUCAGUUAUUUGCCUAUGUUCAUUUGCCUUCACCCAACCUUUCCUCCAGAUGUCUUUUUGAGGAUGGAUUUUGCUGAAAUUAAUUGUAAAGAAGUUGGUUUGUAUUUGUUACUCUUGAAAGGUUUUAUGGCUUUUCUGCCUGUGUAAAGAGGUUGCUAACUGUGAGGUGAAAUUCAAGGUUAUUUCUCUCUGCUGUGCUUUCAACGAGCCUUUGUAUGGCUGCAGCAGAGGUUCACCUGAACUAUUAACACCAAUCACCGUUCUGGUCAGCGCCGUUUUAGCUUUAGCCACUUCAGGGUUUUGUCUCACUUAAGAUUUCGCUAUGACUGAUGAAUAAAACUUGGACCUGAGAAUUGUUUGCUCUCUUUCCACAAAACCGGAGAAACUUCUGAAUGUACAUAAACGGAACCAUUUGUGUUUGUCGCAGUGAAUCAUUGUGCCAAACCGUGCUCCAAACCAGCAAAGAAGAUGCAUCUGCCUGUUUGUGCAGUAUUAAAAGCGAGCCAUUUUAGUGCAAAUACCUGGCUCUGCUAGUGUAUGAUUAACCACAGUUUAACAGCCAUGGCUUUUAAAUGGAGUCAUUUCUCUACCAGAGAACUUAAAGGUGAGCCAAGCAGGAGUGUACAGUACACUGUGUUAUAUCUUUAUACAUACUUGUUCUGACAUGUGUAACUACAUUCGAAAUGCCUUGUUCAGUCGCUCUGCUUGAUAUUCUACCGACCCAUAUUUUUAAUGAGGCUCUGUAAAGAUGAACAUAUCAUAUUUAUGGCCCAUGUAUAGUAGUGUAAGUAUUUUGCUUCUUAUUUAUAUAUGGUAAAUGCACAACUAUGAAAAUUAUUGUCUCUAAUUUUGUUUUUUAUCACACUAACACCUUGUUGUAUGCAAAGGGUUUAAAAUCAAUGUUAAGCCUUAAAUUGUGGCAAAUAUUCUGCUUUGAGUCAAACAUGGUGCUGAUGUCACAUUGUCCAUUCUUGCAUGCACGGCUUUCAACCACCUGUUAAACCUUUGAUUGUAAUUGCUCACAGUUGGCUGAGAAUAUGGCGAUGAAAAGAAGCAGCAAAGUUUUCUCAGGAGCUGCCACAUGCUGCAAGUCCCAUGAAAUGUAUGUUAAGAGCUUUUUAGGGGUCUAAGCUCAAAAAGGCAAAGCAGCAACGUUUUUAAUGCAACUAGUGGAGCAUUAAACCCAAAUGUAAUUGUUUAAUUGUAUCUCUUCUCUAGGAACAAUACAGCACAUUUGGUGGUUCUGAAUCAGAUAAGCAAGGCCGCGCCCCUUAACUUUUUUAAACCACAUGAUAUGCAAAGGUUUCAAGCAAAAACUUACACUGAAAGACCCAGAAUUUUGCAUAUUUGAAGAUGUGAUUUUUUAAAUUUUUACAUGUAAGAAAGAUUUUUGCAAGCAAAGUUUUAUCACAAGGGUAGCUACAAUGUUAGUUCAGCUUAUUUCAAAUAUGUUAAUAAAUAAUUUUGAUGAAAUUCUUAUCCCAAACCAUAAACUUGAUCCUUGAGGUAGGGUAUCCAAUUUUGCAACCAAAUUGGAUACCCUACAUCACACUAUUCCAACUCUAGGGGGUGCUGCAAUGUGGAGAUGUUUAUUUUUGCAAAAAGCAGCCCAACAGAUUUGGACGAAACUUCGUGCAUGCAGUAAGGGUCUAUUCCUAAAGCAACGUCUAUAUGAAAAUGAACAACUGAAGUGAAUGUGGAUUGUUAAUGAAAAGGUGAAAUUUUCAGUUCAAUAAAUAUCACCCGUUUGUUCUAAUGAGUUCAGAUUUUUGAAUUAUGAGUCUUGAACUUAAAAAUUAAAUGUCCUGCAACUCAUGAUCUAUCGUGAAAUCCGUUGCUUUACAUUUUUACAUUAUUUAAGACAACUGUUGUAUCUCUAAAUCUCUGGACUACUACAAUGAAACUCUGCACACACUUCUUCAUAACAGCUCGCCUUUUAAAGCGGUAAAGUGUUGUUCAAGUCAGUGCUUUUAGUUUACAAGUGAACUAUAUUACAUGUUGAUGCCAGCUGCUAAUGAUGAUUAACAGUUUUUAUUAAAAAAAUUCCUUGAAAGAGGCAUGAAGAAAAUAAUUUUGUACCAAACAUGGACCUGAUCAUCUGGGAAUAUUUUGAGAAUUUGAUGAAUAUUUCAUAUUCUUAGUGAUUUCUUGUUUUCAUUUGGUGUCACCGCUAUUAUUGCUCGUACUACUUUGAUAUGGGUCCCCUCCCAACUAAAGGGUCCUAUUAUCUUGAAAUCAUACAUAUUUGUUCAGAAGGUAAAUAAAAGGCUAUUUACAAAGAUCAAUGCAGGUUGAACAGUAGGGAGCGCUAAAAGCAAGAAGCUAACAACUCUCAUUAAUGGCCCUUCAAAGCAAUGCUAACUGUGCUGUUAGGUGGUUUGACACCAGAAAAAGCUUUCUUAUCUAAUUUGUAUCUGCCUUUAUUGGCAUUAAACAAUUCUUAAUAUCCAAAGUGAGCUGAGUUUAAAAACCUUACUAUACAAUUCGGGUUGCAGUAUUAACAAUGUAUAAGCUGCUUUUGUGGUUUUUUUUGGGGGGUGUCAGCAUCCCAUUAAGUUGACCUGGAGACGAAACAACGUUCGCCGAGACAGAGGCAGAGGCAGAGCAUGAUGGAGAACCGGACUUACUAAGGAGAACUUGGAUCCCAUUUAUAACUGUUUGAGUUAUCUUUCUUUUUUUUGCUUUCUAAGACAUGUACACUAUGACAAUACACAUACAACAAUUUGAAGUGAAGAAAUAAUGGCUGACAUCUUUUUUUUGUAGUUGUUUUACUUCUGUUCUUGAACGAAGAUCAGUUGGUUAUGUUUCGAUGGUUCAUUUAUUAAACUCAAGAGAAGGUUGUUGAGUUUCGAUCAGAAAUAUUUCACCCUUAUAAUUGAAAGGAAAUGUAGUUUAAAUGAUAAUAAUCUGCCAAUGGCUGAAAAACAUAAGGUGUUGUCUUCACUGCCUAUUGUCUUUCCCACUCCACAUAGUAUGCAAACAUCUGUUGAUAAUAUGAAGGUCAAAAUACCAAAACAUUACAUAAUUUGUUCUUUUUUUUUCUUCCUUGUUUUAUAGCUUACAGUGUCAUUGUUUGAAAAAACCAUAAAUUCAUUUGGCCCUAGACAUUUUCUGUGUCCUAUUUUUGCACUACUUUAGAGGUACAUUUAAGGAAAAUGAAGUAUAAUUUGGCCAGGAAGUAUUUUGGGGGUUAAUUAAAUUUUUUCCCCAUGAAGGGAUUCAUAAGCUUUUUAAACCAGAACAAUCUGUGCCCUUCAGCAUUUUUUGUUCAAAAUAUCCUGCUUCAUUUCCACUGGAAGAAAACAUUUAGUCUUUUAUGUGAUUCAUUACUGCUGCUAAUUGUGACUCUUCUAGAAUCAGAUAAUAACCCCCCUAAAAUAUCAGUUUGCAUUAGUGGGAAGGGAAAAAUAUCUACCAUGAAUACUUGCCAUGAAUGGUGUGGACUGGAGUUAGUAAUGGUUUUCACAACAAAAGUGGAAACAAAAUAUGUUGAUGCAAGAUAUUUCUGUGGCAAUAUUUAAAAUAGAUUUUUUCUCGUCCAAGAGACCCAGAUGGAGCUUAAAAUGAAUGUGAACCCUCAAGGGAUACAUAAUGUAAUAUGCUAUAAUAUGCUUUUUAAACAAUUACUCUUAUAUGUCAUACACUUUUAGGACCACAUUUAGACUAUUUACAAAAGACAUAAACAAAAAAUAACAAUAAUAAAAUGAAGUUACGGACAUUCUGUGAUUGCUCCUCACAAAUAUGAAGCUACAGACCAACAUUGUGAGCUUGCUGUUUUCUGUGAAUAGUCCAAAAUAACAUUGUUCCAAAAUUAUUGUUUCCAUAAUCAGCAGUAUCUGACAAGCAAAACCCACAGAUACACAGACCUAAAUCUUGAAAGACAGCAGGAACUAAAUGGAUGAAAUAUGAAAUAGGACUACUGUUACGAUGUUGUAUUUGCACAAUGCACAAUGAAGAAAAUGACUACCUAUUUGGAAGGACAAGACAAAGCUGUGCAUUUUAUCUGCAACACAUCAUGACUUCUUAUGUACCAACAACAUAGUCGUAAAUUACUCGUCCCGUGACUUAUUAUGGCAUGUGAUCCGGUCUUGAAACUGCAUGUAAUCUGUUGUACAGACGGUAAUGUCUUUUUUUAUGGAUGACAUUCUAAAAUGCAUUACUAAUAUUAUUAAGCUGUCUAUGAAAAAAAGGAGCAUCUAUAAAUGUCACUGAAUGUUUUCUUUCUUGCUUCUAAAUAAACCAUCAGCUGCUCAGAC